UGGUGGCAGUGAUGCAUCCAUCAUCGUCGUUUGCCAAGAAGACGAAGAAACGGUUCAAAAACCGGAAGCUGCCCACUGCGCAUGUGUUGUUUCUACAGAUUACUAAAUAAUGGAGCAAGCAGAAGAAAAACGGGGCGGAACGAAUGAGGAGGAAGGAGCAACAGCAGGAGGAGGAAGAGAACUGGGUCAGAAGUCAGAGAUGAAGAGGAGACGUGAGGAAGAGGAGGAUGAGGAGGAAACUUCACCCACUAAGAAGCUGGUGAGCGAUCAUGGCGAAAAGGUGGCGAGUCACUACAACACGCUGCAGGAAGUCGGACUGGUGGUUCGAAGUCAAAGCAGGAUCUUCUACAUGAGGAACUUCAACAACUGGCUGAAGAGCGUUCUGAUUGGGGAGAUCCUGGACCGGGUACGAGGAGCAGGGAGCAGGAACGUGUCGGUGCUGGACCUCGGCUGUGGAAAAGGAGGAGACUUGUUGAAGUGGAGAAGAGGAGGCAUCAGUCACAUCGUGUGUGCAGAUAUAGCAGAAGUGUCCGUGGAUCAGUGCCGGACUCGGUAUGAAGAGAUGAAGAGGAAAAGUCAUUCCAACGAGAAAAUCUUCAGCGCUCAGUUUAUCGCCUCCGACUGUUCGAAGGAGGUUUUGUCGGAGAGGCUGGACGACCCCGAGCUGAUGUUCGACAUCUGCAGCUGUCAGUUUGUGUAUCACUACUCGUUCGAGAGCGAGCAGAAGGCGGACAUGAUGCUGAGAAACGCCUGUGAGCGUCUCAAGCCCGGAGGUUUCUUCAUAGGAACCACGCCAGACGCCUAUGAGCUGGUCAAACGUCUGGAGGCGUCAGACUCCCUGUCGUUUGGAAACGAAGUCUUCAAAGUUUCCUUUCAGUCCAAAGGUUCCUAUCCGCUGUUUGGAUGUCAGUACCACUUCAGCCUCGAGGGCGUGGUCGACGUUCCGGAGUUUCUUGUCUACUUUCCUCUUUUUGAACACAUGGCGAAGCGGUACAACAUGCGCCUGGUGCUGAAGCAGAGGUUCUCAGAGUUCUUUGAGGAAAAGGUGAAGAAGGAGAAUCACCGCAGCCUCAUGAUGAAGAUGAUGGCUCUGGAGCCUUUUCCCUGUGAGGAUGGAGGUCAGCAGGCUACCGACGACAAGCAGCAGUACUGCCUUGCUGAACAGCACUGCAGCAAACCUGGAGUCAAACGACCAGUGGGAACCCUGAGCAAAUCUGAGUGGGAUGCAACCAGUAUCUACUUGGUGUUCGUGUUCCAGAAAAUGUCCUGAUACUCAAAUACAAGCUACGCCUCCCAAACUUACCUCACCUGUUACUCAGUUUGUGUCUGUACAGUUUCUUUUUCUGUUGUCAUUUCUGAAUUUUUUUUUUUUUUUUGAUAAAAAUGUAAACUUGCUGGAGAAAUUAAUUCAAGCUGAAAAAAAGAAUUAGUCCUGCUUUAUUUUUUCAUGUGAUGCUGGAUGGAAUUGUUGUACGCAAAAGUCAUAACGCAAAAAAACAGUUUGGUGGGCAAUAACUGUCAACUGAUAAAUUGUGAGAAUCCUGAA